AUGGUGGCCCAGUGUUCAGGGUCAACUUCCCCUUUAAUUUUAAUCGCGAUCUGCAAAUUGGCAGUUCUCAAAAUGGCGACACACAGUACACUCGAGACUCCGGUGGCAAGAGUACAAAUCGACGGCUUGGUUGUGUUGAAGAUCAUCAAGCAUUGUGAAGAAGAAGGAGGCAGUGAUGGAGAGAUGGUGCAAGGAGUCCUCCUCGGUCUCGUCCAAGGCGACACGCUAGAGAUCACAAAUUGUUUUCCGUUCCCAAAGCAAGCAGAUGAGGAAGAUUUUGAUGAAAUCCAAUAUCAGAUGGAAAUGAUGAGGAAUUUACGGCACGUGAACAUCGAUCAUCUCCACGUUGGGUGGUACCAGUCAACAAAAUAUGGCACAUUCCUCACCAAGGCACUGCUAGAUUCACAGUACAACUACCAACACUCCAUCGAAGAAUCAGUUGUCCUAAUUUAUGAUCCUGUCAAGACGUCAAAGUCCAGUCUGAGUCUGAAAGCUUAUAGGUUAACAGAACAGGCAAUGAGUGUAUCACAGGAUAUGGAAUUCACAUUAGAGAGCAUCAGGAAAUCAGGGAUAAGUUUUGACAAACUCUUUGAAGAGAUCCCCAUCGUGAUCAAGAAUUCUUACUUGGUGAAGACACAGAUCUGCGAGAUUGAAGGUCUUUCUACGCCUGGUGACGACAACUUCCUUAGCCUCUCCACAGGGACCCUUCUUGAGAAGAACGUGGAACUACUUAUGGAUCAGGUGGACGAGCUGUGGCAGGACACCAAUAAAUUUGUCACCUAUCAGCGUAAUAUGGCCAAGACCAACGCAGCCAGACAACAACACAUACACAAAAGGAACCAGGAAAAUGCAGCCAGGGAGGCGAGAGGAGAAGCCCCUCUGCCUGAUGAAGAUCUAACCAAGAUGUUCAAAGCCCCCACCAUGCCUGCACGUCUAGACACCAUGCUUCUGGCUGGUCAGAUGAAGAACUACUGCACGGAGAUCAAGCGCCUCUCGUCCCAGAGCUUCGGCAAGCUAUUCAUGGCCGACGCACUUCAACCAAAACCCUCUUCGUGAGAAAAAGAGUCCCUUUUCUUCACUUUUCACCAUGUCCCAGUGUCUGUCCCCUGAUAGCAUGAAAGAUGGCUUAAAAUGGUUUUUAGGAGUUCUGUGUGGAAAACUCACCAUCUUCAUCCCACAGUUUCUGCAAGCUGUUACCGGCUGACACACUUUAAAGGAAACCUUCUUCAUGAGAUACCGUUACUUUGCUCCGCUUUUCUUUCUGUUCUUGAACCCUUUCCCUGAAAGAGCAAAAGAUACUGUUUCAGGACUUUUGUAAGGAAACCUAGUACUUUUCAUUCCCAGAGCUUCAGCAAGCUAUUUAUGGCUAUUGAACUUGAUUCAACGGCUUCGUUAUGAGAUACAGUCCUUCUUUUCUAUUUUUUCCCUGAGUCAAUACCCCCACCCCCUGAUUGGGGCAAAAGAUACUGUGCCAGGACUCUUGUAAGGAAACCUAGCAAUUCUCAUUGUAAGAAUUUCUGGAAGCUGUUUAUGGCUGAUGCACUCCAACAGAAAACCUUCUUCAUGUGAAACUUUUUUCUGCAUUUCUAAUAUUCCUUGACCUUCUUCCUCAUAAAGAAAGAAUUGUAUCUUUUUUCCUGCUAUCUCCACUUUCCAGGGCCAAGUUGCAUAAAAUGUACCAUUAUUGUAACUUUGCCUUCCUAUGAUAAUUACCAUGGUAACAAUGCUCAUCAGCCAAUCAAAAUCAAGGAUUCCAUGAAAGUUACCAUUGGAUGCAAAGUUACCAUAAUAGUAACUCUUAUGCGAUGGGAACCAGAACUCCAUGCUCCUGUCUAUGUUAGGAUGACAUAUAAAUAAUGGAAAUGGAACUUUUGUAGAAUGACCUGGGAGUGACUAGUUCUCCUAUAUCUUGAACCAUAUAUCUUUUUGCUUAUUUGUUUGGGGAAGGUUGGUUUUUCUUUGUGUUUAUGUCAAUUCAUGAAACUUUACUCCAAACCACAUUUCUGAGAUGCAGAAUACUUGCACCGGUCUGGAGAGAUCACAGAAAAUAAUGUUUGAACUUCUACCAACCUUAACAAUAUUUAUGGCAAGCUUUCUCAGGCCUUAUAAGUAUUGAAUGAUUUUGAUUUUUGAAGGAUUGUAUUUAUUUCAUUAAGAAAAAUGUGUGACAAACACAGAUAUUGUCAAAUAGGGUCUGGUUAUCACACUCUCCUACAAUAGGAAGUGUAAUUUACUAUAAAUGAGUAAUGUUCAAUGAAAUUUACAUGUCAAUGCAUUAGCAUACCAGGAUCAGUGGUUUUCUCUGAAUUUGGCAUGGAAAAAGAUAUCAAUUUGUGACAGUCCUGUAAAUACAUUUUACCCCUUGCCUGCAAGAACUGGGUGGUCACUUACAAAACAUAUUGAAAUUACUGAGUACUGUCAGUAGUCAUUGGGUUUCUUUUGUGAAAGUAGGCCCUCAUACACAGUAUCCCAUCUGAAUCAUGUAGACUCUUUGAAUUUAUGUGAUAUUGAAUUGGCAAUUGUCCUACUUCAUCUUUCACAACAAAUUUCUUAUCAAUGACAAGUGCUUGAGUUCCAGCAAAGUUGCUCCCAACCAAUCCGAUUGCAGGGUUUAAGGAGCUUAUGACAGUGCCUGGUAGAGUGUCUUUUGUUGUGUUUUUUGUGAAACUGGGCCCAUUUAUAUAAGAACCCAUUCAAUUGGAUGCUAUAUAAGGAAAAAGUAUGAGGGAUUCAGGGGAAUGUUUCAUGGAGCAAUAUGAUGGUAAUGUUCACUGACAUCUACGAUAGGCUAUUGAAAUCCUUGCACCUGAUUGGCUUAGGGGAAAUUUGUCAUUGAAAGUCAUUGGCAAAAUCCUUCGUAAAAUACUCCCAAGGGGCCUAUAUUACAAAGUGAUGCAAGAGAUUGAAUUCAAACUCAAACUGAUAUUGAUCUAAUUAACUACACAAUAUGAUAUCAAAUCACAGUUUGAAUUUGAUUUGAAUGUACAUGCAGUGCCACCCUUUGUGAUGGGGGACCCAAAUAAUGAUCUGUCUUUUGAAAUGUGAGAAGUAAUCUUCAUUGUAGAAUGUACCCUGGAAUCUUUACAGAUUUCAGUCAUAGAUUAAUGUUAUUUCAACAAAAAUGAAUAAAGAUAUCCAUAAUAACAAUA